AUUUAUUUGGUUUAGUAUUUAAUGCUUUAAUAAUAACGGCUUAAACAGAGGACUGCAUGGGAGCUUAAGAAAAAGCCGGCCGAGCAGAGGCUAAUGGAUCUUACCAAUCAGAAGAAGAAGAAUGGAGACUCUGUGAGUACGGAUAGGCCUUAUAAACGUUCUUUUGGUCUCCGAAGCUCUGCUAUGAAUCGGGCGCAGACGAUUCAAGCAAAUCUGUCACCACAUUUCCCUAGUUUUGCGAAGCCUAUGCAAAUAUCGCAUGUAGCUCGAAAAUUCGAGUUGACUUUACCUAAGCUGUUUUGUGAUGCACAUUUACCGAAGAAGGAUGGUAUGAUAGUUUUUUUGGAUGAAAAUGAUCAAUCGUAUAAUAUAAACUACGUGGUGAGAGUGAGGGAUAGAUUCGACCUAACUGGUGGAUGGAGAAGUUUCUCGACUGCACACGCGUUGCUCGAGGGAGAUGUCUUGGUUUUUCAAUUGAUCGAGCCUUGCAAGUUUAAGGUAUACAUUGUAAAAGAUACAAGAUUAACAAAAGUCGAUGGUCCAAAUCGAGAUCGUUUUCACCGUAAGCCUAUCAAGGCAGGUACGUGCAUGGUUCCACAUUUGUUAGUCUUGUUUUCGCUAUUUGCCCAAGAAAUUGAUGAUUUUUUACAAUUUCGCCACUACUGUUUAGCGAAAACAGAACCAGAAGAAGAAAAUUCAGACCCCAUUGAGAGAACUCGAAAUAAAUAUCUCGAGCGCAUAUCACAGAAGACGAAGACAGAUAGAACGACUCCUAUUCGUAAGCCUGCUCGAGAUGAAUAUGCUUCCUACAGUGACAGCUUCGGUACAGAAAGAUCCUUGGAAUAUUCUCUUCUUGGUUUUAAAGACUUUAAAGAUUUCAGCAUUUACAUAGACGGCCUAACUAUCGACUCCGAAAUACCAACUGAUUGUAAAGAAAAGUACUACGGGCUCUGCAAAAGUCGAAAUAUGUUCCUUCACGAAAACCUCGUCCAAGGGCUUAACGGUAAAUUGGCGGUCGAGAUGAUUUCAGAGACGAUCAGAAUAGCCGAUGCGAUCAGGGCCGUCGAUUCUAAGACGGCCCCCGGUCUAAUGGAGGGUUGGGAUAAGACUUUGAAAGGGUUUGAGGAAAUAGGAAUGGUGGUUGGAUUUCUACGUGUUCGAAUACGUAAGCUAAUUCGUGUUUUUCGUGAAUACAGAGCUGGUAUCGAGUUGAAGAGAAUCGAGAGAGACGAAGCUGAAGAAGAGCGGAUAGCUCUAAAUGUGAAGCUCUGGAGAGUUGAGAAUUGGAUCGGAGAAAUAGAUGCCGAGAUUGAUGCUCUUAGUGCGAAAAAUGAAAGCAUGGGCCCCGUUUUAAAGGAAAUCGCUUGUGCUCCAUGGUGAAACAACGCUAUUAGUGAAAUGCAGAAGCUUCAUGUAUCUAUUCUAUAUAUAUAUAUAUAUACUAGUAUAGAGCACCACGCCCGGUGCCCAUCAAAUUUUGUCCGAUGGC